AUGAAUCACGACGAGAUAAAAUCUGUGGUACAGGAAAAAUUCUUAUCCAGCGAACGGGUCACAGCUUUCCUGUGUGACGCCAAGGUAUUACAUCCCGAAUGGGUGAAAAAGGAUCGGCUUCUGGCCAUCGUCGAGUUUGGAGAUGAAAAGGCAGUGUUUUGCUUGUUUACGUCAUGUUACCCACCAAAGUCCUUCACGGAUUUAUCCAUAGAAAUAGUGCUGCCUAUAGAUAAGAGUUUUAAAUGUGAAAUAGACAACAAACCUUCCGACCCUGAGGCCAUACUGUACCUGAAUCUGCAAUCUCGUAGUAAUAAAUAUAAGUUUGAAAUACAAAUGACUCCCCGCGUCGACAACUUUGUUGAUGACCUUUUUAGAGGCAUAGAAGCUGUGAACAAAGUGCCAACUCAGCCAGAUUUCGUGUGGCUUAAGAAGUACACUGGUAAAAUUGACAAUGAUAUACUGACCCACACCAUGGCGCUACCUGGCGGUGUCCCGCACACACAAAGCUCAGCUCCUGUUGCCAUUAGAGAAAGCCUCAUCAAACACAAAAUGUCUGACAAGGAGUAUGAAUACACUUUUACUAAGAAAUUCUCUAUAUUCUGUGGCACAUGGAAUGUCAAUGACAAAUCUCCUGUGAUUCCUCUCAAGGACUGGCUGAGUGUUGACAGGGAGCCACCUGAUAUCUAUGCUGUAGGGUUCCAAGAAUUAGAUCUUUCCAAGGAAACAUUUCUGUUUGAUCAAACAUUUAGAGAGGAUGAAUGGUAUUCUGCUGUUAUUAAAUAUGUUGAUAAAAGAGCAAAGUAUGUCAAGGUGGAGAAAGUAAGACUCGUAGGCAUGAUGCUAAUAGUUCUUAUUAAAGAGAAACAUUUGUCUCAUGUGCGCAAUGUAGUAUGUGAUACUGUGGGUACUGGGAUCAUGGGCAAGAUGGGGAAUAAAGGAGGAGUGUCCAUAAGAUUUGACCUCCACAGCACCUCACUGUGUUUCGUGAACUCCCACUUGGCUGCACAUGUAGAGGAGUUUGAGAGAAGAAACCAAGACUUCAGAGAUAUCUGCAACAGGACCAGAUUUGUGCAACCCAACCAACUUCCUAAAUCCAUCAAGGAUCAUGAUCAAGUGUACUGGUUAGGAGACCUGAACUACCGCAUUACAGAACUAGAUCCUACCACAGUCAAAAAGCUGUGUAAUGAGAACAGUUUUGCACCAGUAUUGGAGUGGGACCAGUUGAAGCAACAACAUAAACUAAAUAAUGUAUUCUCUGGAUACACAGAAGGCGAAAUAAACUUCAAACCUACAUACAAGUAUGACCCUGGAACAGAUAACUGGGAUUCUAGUGAGAAGAACAGAGCUCCUGCUUGGUGUGACAGAAUAUUCUGGAAAGGAGAAAAUAUUGUACAACUGGGUUACAGAAGUCAUCCAUCAUUGAACAUAAGUGAUCACAAACCAGUAUCAGCUAUAUUCAACUCCUCUAUUAAAAUAAUAGAUGAAGAGAAAUAUAGGAAAGUGUAUGAAGAAGUUAUUAAACAACUGGAUAAAAUGGAAAAUGAGCUGAUUCCCCAAGUAAAAGUUGACAGAACUGAAAUUGAUUUUGAAACUGUAAGGUACUUGGAACUGCAAGUUCGAACAAUCACUAUCAAGAAUGUUGGGAAGCUUCCUGUAGAGUUUGAGUUCAUCAAAAAACUGGAUGAAACUAGCUUCUGCAAGGAAUGGCUCAUAGUUGAACCAUACAAGAAAUGUAUUUGUGCUGAAGAAACAUGUGAAAUCCAACUUAAGGUCCUAAUAAACAAAACAUCUGCAUGCAAGAUGAAUGCAGGAACAGACAAACUAUAUGAUAUUCUUGUACUGCAUUUGUAUGGAGGCAAAGAUAUUUUCAUAACCAUUAAUGGCACAUACCAAAGAAGUUGUUUUGGAUGUUCUAUAGAGGUUUUAGUGAACCUCAAUAUGCCGAUAAAAGAGGUACCUGUAGGAAAAUUAAUUGAGCUUGAAAAUAAAAGGGAUUCAUGUGUAGCUAACCAGUGCACAUACUCUAUCCCCAAAGAGAUUUGGUUCCUGGUUGAUCACAUUUACCUACAUGGUUUGAAGGAACCCAACUUGUUUGAGCAACCAGGAUUUCAUUCUGAAGUGUUACAGAUUCGUGACUGGCUGGACAGUGGCUCCAUAGACCCAAUACCUGGGAGUAUCCACUCUGUGGCUGAAGCACUAUUGUUGCUGCUCGAGAGUACUGCUGAUCCAAUCAUUCCUUACAAUCUUCAGUCAGUAUGUUUGAGAGCAUCCGCCAAUUACUUGCAAUGCAAACAAAUUAUAAUGGAGCUUCCAGAAUUCAGAAAGAAUGUUUUCUUAUAUUUGUGUGAGUUCUUACAAGAAGCUUUGCAGCACAGUGCUGAAAAUGGACUUGACUCGAAAACUCUAUCGACUUUAUUUGGCGCCAUUUUCCUCAGGGAUAAUCCGAACCAAACACAGGAACCACAGUCAAGGAUAAAUAGACAAGUGAUAGAUAAGAAAAAGGCACAGUUUGUAUACCACUUUUUGGUUAAUGACCAUAGUGAUUUAAUAUUUUCUAGAUAA